AUGUUCAGAAACACCGCCAGAUCUUUCUCCAACUCCGCUAGAGCCUUGGGUACCAAGGUGUUCAUCACGCCAUCCAUUAACGGUGUCAAGCAGAACCCAAUCAAGUUCGAGUUGUACGACGAGGUUGUGCCAAAGACCGCUGAGAACUUCAGAGCAUUGUGCACUGGUGAGAAGGGUUUUGGCUACGCCAAGUCCAUUUUCCACAGAGUCAUCCCUAACUUCAUGUUGCAAGGUGGAGACUUUGAGACCGGAAUGGGGUACGGAGGUAAGUCCAUUUACGGAGGAAAGUUCAAUGAUGAGAACUUUGACAAGAAGCACACCAAGCCAGGUUUGUUGUCCAUGGCAAAUGCUGGUCCAAACACCAAUGGCUCGCAGUUCUUCAUCACCACUGUGCCAUGCCCUUGGUUGGACGGUGCCCACGUUGUUUUUGGUGAGGUUAUUGAGGGGCUUGACGUUGUUAAGGCUAUCGAGGCUCAGGGAUCCAACAGCGGCCAGACCAAGAGCGCCAUUGUGAUUGAGGAGUGCGGAGAGGUUAAGGAUUAA